UGAUAAAAAGGUCUUUUGUCAGUGAAGUCUGCACUUGUGCGACUACAAUACACAGUCUCAAAAUUAUUCGCCAAAAGAAGAGAGGUCUUAAUAUGGGUGCAAUUUGGCUUCUCGGUGUGACGCUUCUUGCGUCGAUUUUCGUCGAAUCAGAUGCCUACGUGCCGCACCAGCACAGAAUUUUGUGCUCCAGACUCAAGCCGAUCACCAGCCUUGACCAUAAAGGGUUGGAGGGUCCUUGGUUGACUGUGGAGACUCUACUAUUGCGAAACGGCGUUCCUCAAAAGCAUGACGACACCAGAAGCAAAGUCUGCAUUCGCACGUUCAUUUCUGACGCCUCCGAAAGUGGUCUGAGUCUACGGUCUGAAAUCAGACUGGGCGCUGAAAAGAGGAAAACCGGCAUUUCUAAACUUGAGAUCACCGACCCCUUGGAGCCUGGACGUUUGACUUUGAUGGCCAAGAGACCCUCAACCCUCAAUUCUGAUAUGCUGGUGAUUGCUGCCCGUUCAAGCGAGUUUAUAGUUUUAGCCUACUGCCAGCCGGUACCUUUGAGUGACGAAGAUGAAGAAAUCGAGGAUAGACCUGCCCUGUGGGUCAAAGUGCUUGGACGCCCUUCAGCAUACGGAGGGGUGGCCAUAAGCAGCAGGGACCUGCACUCGCUGAGAAACAGAAUCGCCGACAUUCUUGGCCUCAGCGAGCUGAACUCUGUCCGCUACGACACUUCGUGCUAAAUUUUUUGAACAAUUAAAUAAAUAUAUAUAUCAGAUUUGAAAAAUAGAAAUUUAUCUCAAUAAAACCGCUUUUAUACAAGUUUAAUAGUAUUA